GCUGAGUGGAGGGGUAUGAUGUCAGAGCAGAACACUGAGCGAGUUGGGAGCAGAGCAGCUGUGAGACGUGACCCCCCCUCACUGAGGCCGAAGCUCAAAUCUUUGUCUUUGACUCUGAGACGAGUGCAGAUGAAACAUGGGAUUGUACAAUGAACAAGGAGAGGCCCUGGAGUCCCCGGAGCCCCAGCACAUGCAGAUCACUGAGAGUAAGGGAGGGCCCCCCCAACAGGGCCACAGGUCUAAACCCCUCCACAGACGCCUGGGCAAAACUCCGCCCAAAGACGUCUCAGAUAAUGUGAUGUUCAUGGUGGGGGGAUGGACCCAGGAGGAUCCGUCCUGCCUGGUCGAGCAGUUCUGUCCCGAGUACAACGAGUGGAGAUCAGCAGCACGUAUGGUGAACAGCCGUGGAUCUGUGGCUGUGUGCUCCCUGGAAGGAAAGAUCUACGCUGUGGGUGGAGAAGAUAAAAUCAGAUGUCACAGCAGUGUGGAGAGAUACAGCCCAGACACGGAUAGCUGGAGUACAGACGUAGCACCCUUGAGCAGCCCCCGCAGCGGCGUGUGUCUGGUGGCGAUGGACGGAUACCUGUUUGCUAUUGGAGGACACGAUGGCAUAACGGCUAUGAGCACCGUGGAGAGGUUUGAUCCCGAAAUGAACGCGUGGAGCAAACAGGCCCCGAUGCUGAGCAGACGAGCCCGAGCAGCGGCUGCCGUGCUGGACGGUCACCUGUAUGUGAUCGGGGGGAAUGACGGAGACAUGGCUCUGAGCUCAGUGGAGCGGUACAGUCCAGUAGAUGGUACCUGGUCGAUAUGCGCCCACAUGCGGAGUCCCAGGGAGAACGCCGGAUGCACCGUGUACCUGGGACACAUCUACGUGUCCGGGGGCAGAGACGAGCUCAGCCUGGAGCUGUGUGCUGCUGAGAGGUUCGACUCCGACGCCAUGACGUGGUCCCCGGUGAAAUGCAUGAGGAGCAAGAGGGACAGCAUGUCCCUGGUUGUGUUCAACGGUUCCCUGCUGGCUGUGGGCGGCUCUGAUGGUGUCACCAACCUGAAAACAAUAGAAGUUUACAGCCAUGAAACCAACACUUGGAGACACUUUGGAAGCAUGAAGAGCAAGCAUCCAGGAGGCAGAGUGGCUGUUCUGUGCUGAAACUCCGCAAGCGCUCCUGUUACGUCAACAGGACAGAGGUGUUGGAGAGAGAGAGGGAGUCUAAUGGAUGUAGAUGCGCCGUCAUUGUCCAGGACACAAUGUGAACCGGUUCCAGUAUGAAGGAGCAUAAUGACUGACUAAUUAAAGAGUUCGGUCCAAAAUGAGACGUCCCUGCAUUAGCCGGAGAGCCGGCAUCUACGGCUUUGGGCACUGAGGUGAAGCUUAUUGAAGAAUAAGAGGUUAUCAUUUUCUGUUGUGGGUCUUUGUUGUGUAUCUACAUUAUGAGACACGUUUCUUUUAUAGAGACGAACCGGUGGAGAAUACAGUUCAGGUGCAUUCCCCCACGUGAACAGAGCAAACACAGACUGACAUUUUAUUAGACAAAGAUAAUCAGUGUGAAAUUAAGAAAAAGUGAGCCUGGGGUUUAAAGACCGAGGUUCUCAUUUAUUUUCUCAGUCAGGGACCCACUUUUGUAUAUCUCCCCUGGAAUAAUAUGAUAAAGCCUGUUUUUUACAGUUAAUUGAGAGAACAAGUCAAGAUGUUAAUGUAAAUUAAGUAUAUUAGACAUGUAUUGAGAAUAUUUUCACCAUUUCAACACAGAAAACCCAAAUAUCAUGAUUAUUUUAAAUCUGGAAAUUCUUCAUGGACUGUCACGAACCCCUGUUUGAGAACAACAUGUGUGCCAAAUGUAUAUUUUCUAUUUUAUUGUAUACGUUACGUGAUUGUUUAUACUAUUGUGUAGUGAUGCAGAGAGAUGAAAUGAAGAGUAAAGAUGGAUUUAAUGCAGGUUUUUGGGUGAAAGAAAGUUCAGGAUUUGGAUGCCAGAAUGAUUAUUCUAGGAAAGUAGUGAUUUAAGCUUGGUAUAUUGUACAGGCAGGCUUUGAAGAUGGACGACUUGGGAGGCUGUUGGAAGUGCAACCAGUGAACUAAGUGUUUUAAAGUUCAUUGGGAUAUAUGGAACAGAUGGGUUUUAUGUGAAAUGGCUCCAGUAAGUUUGAGAUAUGUUUGAAUCUUGUAUUUAUUUAUUUAUCUUGGCAAUGCCCAUCCUAAACAUGUAUGACACA